GAACGGUGACGAAGUAAAAAUUUCAAACAAUCGCGAAAACAUUUCUUGAAAACGGCGGUUGUUUUGUGUAAACGCAAAAAUAAAACAGUUUCAUAGAAGUUUUCCAAUUUUUUAAUCAAUUGAGAUUUUAAUUAGGUUCAAAAUAAUUGUGUUUAGGCGUUAAGUUUGAUCAAAUUCAAAAUGUGGACUAAUUUCGAGCUGGUGUCGGUCGAGGAUGAAACGCUGAACAGUGCCUUCUGCACCAACGGAUUGUUUCGGAUUUUCAGCGAUGAGCUGGUUCAAACAAAUCCUCGCGUGACCGGAAUUCUGCAAAACCGACGCAUGAUCGUAUCCAUCGACAAGGCGUUGGUGCUGUUUCAGGACGAGAAUCGUUGCAACGAGGGGAACAUCUUGGACGUGUCCAAUGACAUCGAGUGCAUCGCAGCUUCCGAGAGUGGCGAUCUGGUCAUAUGCGGUCUAUCCAACGGAACCAUUACCGGGUUUCACGUAAGGGGAGCUAAUCUGUUUAGUUUAGGCAUCCAUCCCGAUGAUUGUAAUGUGACUGAAAAUACGUUCGCCGAAAUACGUUAUGUAAAUGGUAAUUACUACGUCCAGUGUAACCGAGGUCCAGUGUAUCAGAUCCUGAUCGACGAGGCCAAAGUCAACGAAACUAUGAAGCAGUUAGAUUGCAGUGGCAUGGACGGCACGUUGAAUUUCGAAGAUUGUGUGGUGGUGAAUCGAAUUCUGGAGAAACAUCUCCGCGAACCGAUUACAAGUUUUGUGCCCUUGACUAGCUACGAGCUGGGAAGCGAUUUAUCAUACCCGCUGAUGAUGUCCACUAGUGCCGAGUCGAUCUACUUUCAAGGGACUGAGGGGUUCGAGAAGAUACCGUUGAAACCGGAAUAUUGUGGUAUCCGGAAGGUGCUAAAUUUGGUCCAUUGCUAUAUUGCAUUGACCAACAGCGGUCAACUUUUUGAAAUCUCGCCAGUUAUUAAACUGAACUCUGAUAUACUUCUUCCCUACAAAAUUGACGACAUAAUAAUCAUGGAAUGUACUUCAGAUGCUAUUGAGCUACUUUUGCUAACUAAGCCGGACGUGAAUGGUACUCGUUUUAUGAAGAUUGUCGAUUUUCCAUCGUUAGAGUGCAAGUACGAGUUGGACAUGAUUGAGCACGUCUGGCUGGUGCAACAACCGAAAAGUGCCGUCAACAUUUACUACAUCACCGGUAAUCCCCAAGACAAGCAAUAUGUCCAGGAAAUUGAAAUGAAGAUCUUGUCCGAAACGCAACCUUCCCUUCGAUUGGAUAAACUUAUACGAAAGGGUCGACUUGAAGAAGCUGAAGAAUUUGCGAAGCAGUUCGAUCUGAGCCUGCAGUUGAUCCACCAGGCGAAAGUGCGCUGUUUCUUAGCCCAGCUGGCCACCAGUAAACAUCCGGAUGACGAUGAACAACGACAGACCUUUGCCAGAAUGAUGGAAAUUCUUAACUUGAUUGAUGAUCCAUCAUUUUUUGUUACUAUUAGAUUGGCGGCUAUUCCAGAGCGAAACAUGAAAAGGCAAUUUCUUAGAUUUUUGUUGGAAAAAGUCGAUAAAUCCUGUCAUGCAGCAACUGAAAUUAACGAACAGCUGCUACGAAUAGACACUCUAAAGCUCAUUGAUCCGUAUGAAGUUGAUUCUGAGUGGCAAAACUUCAUAUACCAUCGAAACCUGACCAAGCAUUGUAUCGAGCUAUUCAAAACCGAUAUGCCAUCUGCCUGCCUUAUCUGGUCCCGACAUAUCUCGUCGAUUAUUCUCAACAUGGAUGCGUUAAAAAUAUCCAGCCUUCUGAAAUCCAUCCCAGAGGAUACUCCUCCCCUGGAUCUAAUUCAGUGGCUGAUGCAUUUCGUUCCACCCAUUCUGCAACACUUACCACAAAUGAUGCGCAUUUUGGUCACUUUUGUAAUUGGAAAAACGAAGGCCCUACAAUUCGCAACAUUCUGGCCAAAAGUUGGACAAACUUUCAUCGACGACGUAAUCGCCAUCUUCAAAGACGUUAGAUUCCCCAUAAUGGACAUGCGGUUGCAGUACGAAACAAAUAUGGAAGAAAUGCAGCAGCUCAGCGAUGCACUCAAGGACCUUACCUUACUAAAAGAAAAAUUCAACUUAAGUGCAAACAUUGACAACUUUCUGCAGGAAACUAAAGAGCACACUGCCUUUAGGUUGUUGCAAACCGUGCAACUCUCGAAUCUCAAACGCAUCGUUGUAGAGUUCCUCUAUCCGAUGUUCGUUGCGCAAGAAACCAAUCUUCAGAACUCCAUCCUUCGAUAUAUACAAUUCUUGAUCUCGAACCAAAACAUCAGUUACUGGGAGGAACGUUGCGUCAUAUUGGUUGAAGUCAUUCACAACGAAGACAUCAAACUGAACUGUAUUUUGGAUGUGCUGAAGGCGUCGCCCGUUCCUUGGUCUCCGGUGAUCACCCCGCUGGUAAAGUACGCCAACUCGGACCACCCGAUCGCCGGAAAAAUUCUCAUCGAGCAGCGAACCCAGAUUGUUAAGAUCAUCAAGGUAAAGUACGACUGGCCCGUCAAAAGUCAGGACUGUCUGGCCAUGUUGGCCAAACGGGUGCUGAAAAUGCGCGAUCCAAACAUGUUGGCCGAUAUCAAGGAGCUGACCGACUCGGCACCGGAAAUUUCCUACAACGUCGACAUGGACGUGAUGCUGCGAUUGUCCGAGUACAGCGAGUUCGUAUCGGCUGUCCGGUAUUUGGAGGGGCUCAGUGAGAAACGACGACAGGAGUGCAGUCAAGGAGUGGUGGACAUUGUUGUGCGAAUGCUAGACAAUGGCACUGCCACGGACCCAUAUACAGACAACUACAUCGAAUUGCUACAGCUGCUCAAAUCACGCUGUCCUGUCAUCAGGCAAUUUGAGGCCCAGGAAAUGUUAAACAUUAUGACCCUUCGUAAACAGUUCAACCUGGAAGUAUACCGAGACCAUUUGAACAACGAUGCCGAGCGCCAGAAACUGUUGCUUGCGGGAAUUAAAAACCUCCUUCUCAAGAUAAAAGAUGAUCGCGAGAGGUUCGUCCCCGCUUUGCUGGGUGGCAUCAAGCGUCUGACACAAGCGCUAAUGUUUGACCUACUGGAAGGUCUGUACGAAGUGUUGUUGCUCAUAGGAAAUGUUCAUGUAACUUGUGCCGUCCUCGCCAAGGUCGCGGAAAUAAUUGAUCCCGGAAAAGAAACCCACGACCACUUGCAUCGCUUGGUGGUUUUGCUUUUGGUGCAUCAAAUGCGAUAUUUCGAAGAGUCCAGCGCCAACUGGGAAUUGGAUCCGUUAGCGUACCCGCUAGCGGACAAGCUGUUGCGAAGCUGCUACGAAGAAUCCACGUUCAGUGGAAUUGUUAAGCUGGAAUUGCUGAAUUGGGUUCAACUAGGAAGUCAUUACUACGAUGUGGAUGUGCUCAAGGAGUACGGAAAACGAACCACCCUGCCGGAGAAGGUGUUCAAAAAGAUGUUCGAAGCCAGUGAGAAACAAGCUCCCGCUAGAAGAAGCCAUAAACGGGAUUCCCUGUCUACUUUCGACAUGAUUCACAGCAAGGACGACGCAAUGGAAGUGACCAAGCAUCUGGACGAUCAAGAGGCGAUUAUUAAAUGCAUCAGUCAGGCGUUGUUGGUCAUCGUGGGGAGCUUAAAGACAGACUACAUGGAACCACCGCACCGAUACUUCCACGAACUACUUGCCCCGAUCGUCGUGGAUGAUGCUUCCGCGAGUUUUCAAUCUACUUUGGAUUCCUUGAUAAAGCACAAAAAAUAUCCGGCCGCCAUGAAGCUGGUGGAACUGAUUCUUUCUUAUCAGGAGGACACGGGUGUUGUGAUUCCGGCUGAAUUCGCUGAAAACUUGAGACGUAAAUCGCUCAAGUUCUUUUUAUCACAAAAGGAACCUGAUUACAGCAUGGCUGUUUCCAUUCUCUUCCAAUGCAGCUCACGUGAAAAAUGUCUGGAGUACCUACGAACCAACAUGGUCAAUGAAUCGCAACGGGCGGCGUUCCACACCUUGCUGGAAUUCUACUACAUCAAUAUCGGAGACAUGGAACGUGCAGUCGAAGAAAGAGGCCAUCGCAUGCGGUUCAACUUUUUCUACGAGCUAUGUAAACUGGAUCCUUCUCUGAAAGCCAAAAAGGCGCUUCCAUUCCACAGCAUUUCGGAUUUGACGAAAGAAAUGAAAAGCAAAGUGUUGAGCGUGGAGCUGCUGCGUAAAAUGAGCGAGAACUUCUCGUGGGACUAUCAACAGGUGCUGGUGUCGCAGGUUAUAACUGUGCUGGGUAUGCAAGAACUGGAGUUUGAGGUGCAGCAGGAUGCUUUUGGCAAGGAGGUGAUCGCCAUCAAAACAACCGUCGAUGACAUCUUGAAGCAAUGCCAACCGUAUAUAAACGAAAUAACGAAUCACGUUUUAUUGAGCACAAAGCUAACAAACUACCUGGAGCAAAUCAAUUUCUACUUCUACGAAAUGUACCUCAGCGUAUUGGAAAUAUUCUCUCAAAUUAACAUGAUGCAAGAGGAGCUGAUCGUUUGGGAGAGGACCCUGGCCUAUCUGAAAGAUGGACUGACUAUGAAGCGGAACCAUCGUGCCGGGCAGAUAGAGUUGGACGCCUGGUUGAAACUUCAACCGGAUGGGGGCAUGCUUCCCAAGAUUGCAAAAUAUCGUCUUCCAUUUUUAUUGCUCGUGCGCCAUCCGCUGAAGAACCUACUGAAGGAAGAAAUCACUAUUGAAAAUUACAAAAAGAUUCUUCUGCUUGUACAAAUGAAAGCGCCCCUGGAAAACAUGGACUCGGUGGAAUUGCAAGACUAUUUCUGUAAAUCGGCCGUGAUUAAUUCCAUCUCCGAGUACAAAAUACAGGCAGAUGAAUUAGCUCCAUCCGCCGGAUGGCAUUUGCAGCCGGUUAACAACGCAUUUCUACAAUCGAUCCUCCGGGUUGUGGAUUGUGUGUCUGAUCUCUCGUCUAAGCUCUUCAUUCUGUACUAUGUGACGAACAACGCACCGGAAGGGGCAGAUCAAGUGGAGGCAGCCUAUGAAUGUUACAAAUUCGCAUGCCAGCAUGAGGACGCCCUGGGAAGCAAUGCGGAUGCCAAGGAUAAAAUAGAGAAAAUUAUCCGCAAAUAUCCUAUUUUCAAAACACAGCAUCUACUGCUGCAGUACGGCAUAAACGAUGAUAAGCUGUUCGCGUUGUUGAAGAACCCGCGCGAAUUGAUCAACGCUCUCUAUAGCGAAACCAUACAACGCAAGGUGGACAUUAACAGUUUGGUCUGUGAGAUUGCGAAACUGCAUCAGCUGGACAUCGACGCAAUUCAGGUCAGUUUGAUUCAGAAGUGGCUCUCUAUCUUUGGUUCUUGUAACGAUUCGGACGGAAACAUGGAAGAAACCUUAUACGAGGAUCACAAUAUGUCGGUAGACGCGUCGGACAUAGAUGUAUCGGCCGAUGAGUACGUGGCGCGGGCUCAUUACAUCCUAAAGAGUUGGGACAAGGAAAAAAGUGUGCAGUUCCUGAUAACGCAACUUUGUACAGGCGAUUCCGGAGUCGACGCCAAGAAGCAGCUGCAAAUUUACGACUGCUUCAGCAAACUGAUCGAUGAUCGAUGUAGUGUGUACGUCGAUGCGUUCAAUCCUAACCAAUAUAUCGUGUUGAAGUGCAUAUACUUCUUGAAGUCGCUUGGGUUCAACAAUUUGACUGUAAGCAAGUUUGAAGAAACGGAAAAAAUGACGCUUCUCAAGCGUCUAUGGCAAUCGCAUGCAACAUCCCCCAAAGGCUUGGAGGUGAUCGCCUACAUUUGUCUUGGGUAUGAGAUCUUCGUGCCACAGAUCUGGAACGGUGUGCUGAAGCAAAUGGCUCGAACUAAUAUGAUAAGCCAUCUUACCAUGCUGUUGGAUAUCAUAUCGGCACGAGAGCAGCUAACCAAUUUGGAAGGGUUCCGAAUGGCAUGGGAAGCUAUAAUCAAAGCACCUUUCCGGAAUGCCAGCCGAGUUCACUCAUUCGACGAAGACGCCACGCUGGCCAAGUCGCUGAUUUUGCUGCAAAAGUGUCCGAUAUCUUCUGCGCUGAAUUUGCUGGAGAUUGCCGAGGUUUGCAUCAAUGCUAAUCGUGUCAACAUGGCGGCGGUUUUGAUUCCUUAUGCAAAUGAGGACCAAAAAGUACCGCUGAAAAAGCUUAUUUCCAAUAACAUGGAGAUCACAUUGCGACAACAAAUUCUGGAGCUGGAAGAAUAUGGUGUGGCAUCCGUUAUAACCAAAGCCGUAUGCAGUGAACUUAAUUUGAACAAGUGAUCUGGCGAUCUGGUUUAUUGCCCUAUCAAGUCGUGUUUGAAUCUGAUGCCAAUAAGAAGAUAUUUUAUCAGUCUAAGAGUCUUAGAGUUUAAGUUUCAGUUAACAUAAGAAAUUUUAUCAUGCGUAGACAAUCCAAACUUUUUCAUGCAUGAGGAAAGAAAUCCUUGCAUUUCAUCUGCAUUCUCAAAGGCUUAUAAGUUACUCUAAGUGUUAAAAGGUAAUAGUAAAGAAGAAUAA